CUAGUUUCCGGUUUUGGGCUGGAAUUGACACACAAUGAGGAGUCGGGAACAGCCGCUCAAAAGCAUUCUGUAAAUAAACAGGACCUUCAUCGUGCCGGUGAACUAUGGAGAAUCAGUGUACGGUUCAGGUAAAGCUUGAGCUGGGUCACAGGGCUCAGCUGAGGAAGAAGGUGACAUCAGAAGGCUUCACUCACGACUGGAUGGUGUUUGUUCGAGGCCCGGAGAACAGCGACAUUCAGCACUUCGUGGAUAAAGUCGUCUUCCGGCUGCACGAGAGCUUUCCUAAACCUAAGAGAGUGUGUAAGGAGCCCCCAUAUAAGGUUGAGGAAUCAGGGUAUGCUGGUUUUCUGAUGCCCAUAGAGGUCUACUUCAAAAACAAGGAGGAGCCGAAGAAGGUGUGCUUCAACUACGACCUCUUCCUCAACCUGGAGGGCAACCCACCUGUCAAUCAUCUGCGCUGUGAGAAACUCACCUUCAAUAACCCCACCCGCGAUUUCCGUCGCAAGCUUUUAAAGGCCGGAGGGGUCAUGGUGAUCCCAGAGGGCGCAGAGGUGGUCCCGAGACCCAGUCCAGAUUACCCCAUGCUUCCAACCAUCCCGCUGUCGGCCUUCUCGGACCCUAAAAAGAGCAAAACCCCACAGGGAUCAAAGGAGCCCAGUAAAGAAGGAAGCAAAGUGUCCAAAUCUCACAAAAUGGCCAAGGAGCAUCGAGAACGGCCGAGGAAAGAUUCGGAGAGCAAGGCGACGUCCAAGGGAGAUGCCGACCGGGACGGUGCCAGUAAAGGUAGCCGCGACCCUUCCUCCUCGUCGUCCAAGAAGCCAGACAUCAAAGUGAAAGAUGAGAACAAAGUUGUGCCCAAAGCUGCUUUCAAGGAGCCCAAGCUCACUCUGAAGGAAUCCAAAAUGGAAGGCAUGUCUCCUAAAGGAGGGGGGGCGGUGGGCGGUGGAGGGGCGGUCGACGCAAAAGUCCCCAGCAAACGACCUUCCAAUGCGGAGUCGCCCAAACCCAGUGUCAAGAAGCCAAAGAAGGGAGGGUCCGAGGGGUCAAAAGGCUCCGGGGGUGGGGUGUUCACAGGCACUUCCCCCCGAACGGCGUCAUCUUCAACGACUUCUUCAGGCUAUGGGGAUAAGAAGGCAUCUAAAGAGAAGGGCCGUUGGGCCAAGAGCAAAUCGGAAGCCCAAGAGGUCAAAGAGCCAAAAAAGCCUCCGGAAUCCGAUGACUCCAACUCGGAAGAUGAGGCUUCGUCUAAGUCGGAGCAGUCGGCACCUUCCAGCCCAUCUGAUUCCAGCUCCAGCUCAGAGUCGAGCUCAGACUCGGACUUUGAACCACAGCAGAAACAAGGCCAGGGUCCCCUGCGCUCUAUGGUGGAGGAUCUUCAGUCAGAAGAGUCAGAUGAUGAUGACAGCAGCUCAGACGAAGAGACUCCAGUCAAGAACAACCUGCCCAAUCGGGACUCCAGGCUGAGUCUAGACAGCGAGAGUGACUGCAGCGACGGGCCGCAGCGUCCCAGUCGAGAUCCGCCCCCCCAGCCACAGAAACACAACUCCAACAAUAACAAGGUGUCAGGAAGGAAGAGUCCGGACCCCUGCUUGCGUCAGGAAAAGGUCCUGAAGAAGGGUUACGACAAGGUAGGAAGGGCAUACACUGAAGAGUUGGUAGAUCUUCACCGCAGACUUAUGGCGUUAAGGGAACGUAAUGUUCUGCAACAGAUCGUGAACCUCAUCGAGGAGACGGGGCACUUUAAUGUCACCAACACGACUUUUGACUUUGACCUUUUCUCAUUGGAUGAGUCGACUGUCCGUAAACUACAGAGCUACCUGGAGGCUACCGCCACAUGACAGGAAGUCCAUCACGGUUGGGGGGGGUUAGGGAUGGUGGUCUGCCCUUUUUCACUUUUGUGCUGAGAGAGAAAGAUGCAGAAGGUGAAAAAUCUACGAACAGGAAACGGGAAACAAAGGCAUGACAUCACAGCCAUAAACAGAUUACUAAAGAAGAGGAACAGAGGACGAGUGAAAGGUCUUGGUGCACGGACGAUAUUUUGGGAACAGCUGCUAGCCGACAAGAAAGGCUUCCCAGGAACAAGCGUUUCCUUCAUUCUUCUAUCUAAGGACCUCUGCUUUCUUCUUUCUCAUCCCAUCUCAAUAUCCUGCGCAACAGGAAGUUCUCUGCUUAAGGGGCCUGAACUGAGGGUCGAAUCUGAAUUAGAGGAAAAAGUCUAUCUGUAGCCAUACGCACUGAUGCAUCGAGGGCCACAACCUUUUAUAUUUUAUUUUUCUACCAAUGUUUUUCAAGGUAUUUUCGACUGUGGUCGGUAAGAAAGCCCCGCACGCCAUGAAUGUAUCGCUUUUUAUCCUCUAGGGCUAGUCUUAGUGCCUUUAUCAUCUCAUUCGUGCUCAUAGGAAUUACAGCAGUGUUAUCUUUCACUUUCUUAUGUGUAUGUGGGAUGUCGGGAUACCUUUUCCGAGUUGUAUGCCAAUAUGUAUCGAUCCUCAUUUAUGUGUUUGCCAAACGGGCCUUAGAACUAAAUGUUGUGCUUUGCUAGUGCAGCUCGUGGAAGUAUUUGCAAAUCUGUGUUGCCGUGUUUUCCGUUAUCAUAUUUGGUUCUUACGUAGACUGAAAAAAGAGAGACAAAAAAAAUGGCAAAAUGGGUGAGACAAGCUUACGUGGAAGUAGGUUAUGAAUAGGAAACGGCCCCUGAAACGGCAGUCUGUAAAUUCACUGUGCUUCUGACACAAACUCUCUCUCUGACUAUCAUCUCGGCUCCGCUCGAUUUUGUCUCGAUGCCCCGCGCGUCUAUUCUCAUGCUAAUAGCUUUAAAGGGCGCUGUGGACUGAGCUAUAGACCAUAUGCCCUUAACUUCACCCUGUGUGGGAGUAUUGUAUGUUUGUGUGUGUGUCGUGAAAGUGUUUGCUUGCAGAGUUCAUUUCAAUCUUCAACAGAUUCUGAUGCUGUAUGUCUGCUGCACAGCAAACAAUUUUAUACUAAUUCACUUUUGGUUAAGAGUCUUAUUUGAAAGAGUGGCUGAAUUGGGUUGUGUGACCUUUUAACUCCCAACUCCUAGUUCAUGAACUUUAACCUUUGACCGCAUACUGGUUCGGGUCAGCCUGUCAUAAAGGGGCAGGGCAAGAGGCAAAAGGGGUGGAGUUAAGUGAACUUGAGUGGCAGCUCUGAAGAAUUGCCCCACUGAGCACACCCUGUUCUUGUUUUUUCUUUAUCUUUUUAUUUUUAGGGGGUAAAUUUAUUUUUUAUUUAUGUACCUCUGCACUUUUGGCUUUGUUGACUCAAGUACUUAAGUAAUUGUAUUUUUAUGAAUUUUAUACAAUAUUUACAUGCAAUAUGAUAUUAACUUUUUGUGUCAAGAAUCGCCAGUUUUUUUAAGAAACUUUUAGUUUUGGUUUCUCUGUAUCCGCACAUUAUAUCAUCAUAGACUGUAGGAAAUGACCAUACGAACUUGAAUCUGUUACUUCAGGCCGAUGUAUAAGAUCAUGGCAGGGCGUGUUUGUGUAGAAAACUUGACAUCAAGAGUUGACAAACCAUAUGGUUUGUUGUAGCCUGCUGUACACAGGACCCUAUUACCAUUCACUACAAGGGGAGAAAUGCGGAUGGAAAAUAACAAUUAUCAUGUGAGUUUCAACUUUUCAGAACUGUAUUUUACACAGAACAGGAAAUGAACACUAAUGGGAGGGGCAUAGAUUUAAACAACAUUACAUAGAAGUACAUGUAUAAUACACAGUGGGAGUCUCAUCUACAGAAUCAAAUCCUGCAUCAUUUUCUGAUCCUCAGCUUGCUGGUGCAGAGAACUGUCUUUUGUCAUUCUGUGGUGUUUUUAUUUGUGUUUGCUGUAUUUAUCCGUGGGUUUGGGGAGCUCUGGGUUUUUACAUGUGAUCUGAACAGAAGCGUAACCUUUAGUAUGAUGUGGUAAACUUUGCAUACAGUGCCACCAUGUGGUCAUUUGAUGCAAGUUGUAAUAAGGGCAAAAUAUGUUUCUUUUUAUGUUUUUAUUGCAAAAUCAUAUUAUGAAUAAAGUCAUUUGAGUACUGUU